UAGCGUGUUUGGAUGAUGCAGCGUCCUGUUGGAGACGGGGAAUCCUAGAAAAGGGUUCAGAGUUUCCUUUUCCUCUUCAUUCUUUUGGAUGUUUGAAAAUGUCUGGGCUUCAGGGUCGUUCAGUAUUUCCUGUGAAGGUUCAUAAGCUUUCUAUGAGUAAAGAAGAAGUUUCCCCUGAGUGGCAGGAGAGGAGAUCAAGUCUGAACCAGGAGAUUACUGAGCCUCCACACAUUAAAGAGGAACCAGAGGAGCAGUUUCAAGAGCCAGAGAAUGCUGAUAUAAUCAAGUUCAUUUUUGAACCUGUCUCUGUGAAGACUGAAGAAGAUGAGGAAAAACCUCAGUCCUUACAGCUUGAGAAACAACAAACUGAACAGAUGGAAAGAGAAGCUGAUGGAGAUGACUCUGGGGGACCAAAAGCAGCCAGGUGCUUUGAUCCAGAGAGAGAUUUACAACCAGAGAUUGAGGUCAAGACUGAAGACUCAUCUGAGGCUGAGACUGAUGACAGCGCUGAUUGGAGGGAGACAACAGAAGACCAGUCAGGUUUUACCUCAGUGGAAAACAUCCAAAAACAGAUUCAAACAGGAGAGAAACCCUUCAGCUGUUUUGAGUGUGGGCAAACAUUUUUCACAUAUGGAAAGUUGACCAGUCACAUCAGAGCUCACUUAAGAGUGGAACCAUUUGGCCCCUCUGAGUGUGGUAAAAGAUUAGAUGGGGAAAGUCAAACGACCAAACAAAUGUUAGCGAAUGCUAAACAGAAAUCAUUUAAAUGCCCAGAGUGUGGUAAAAGAUAUGCCCUUAAAAAGUCUCUGGUCAGACACAGGAAAACUCAUACACGGGAGAGACCCUUGGGCUCUCCUGAGAGUAGUGAGACAUUCCUCCUUCAACGAGAUCUGGCAAAAAAUGUGAGAACGCAAACAGGGGAGAAACCCUUCAGCUGCACUAAAUGUGAAAAAAGUUAUAACACAAGACCUUCUCUAUCUAGACAUAUGUUAGUUCACACUACAAGGAAACUGUUUAGAUGCUCCGAGUGUGAUAAAGGAUUUAGUCUUGAAAGUUAUCUGGCCAAACACAAGAGGUCUCACACAGGAGAGAAACCCUUUGAGUGCUCAGAAUGUGGUAAACGAUUUUCCUUUAAAAGUAAUCUGACAAGACAUGCAAGAAUUCACACAGGGGAGAAACCCUUCAGCUGCACUGAGUGUGGAAAACGUCUUAAAACAAGAUGUAGUCUGUCCAACCAUAUGUUAGUUCACACUAAACAGAAGCUGUUUGGAUGCUUCGAGUGUGGUAAAAAAUUUGCCUUUAAACAUUCUCUGAAAAUACAUAAGAGAAUUCACACAGGAGAGAAACCCUUCAGCUGCUCAGAGUGUGGUAAAAGAUUUACUCAGUCAAGUUCUCUGACCUAUCAUAUGUUAGGUCACACAGGACAGAAACCCUUCAGCUGCCCAGAGUGUGGUAAAAGAUUUAAUCAACAAAGUUCUCUGUCCAGUCAUCUGUUAGUUCACACUGGACAGAAACCCUUCGGCUGCUCAGAGUGUGGGAAAAGAUUUAGACUUAAAGGUACUCUUGCCAGACACAAGAGAACUCAUAAAGGCAGAGCAACCUUUAAUAGUAAUGCAAAUUAGUAACUAUAGUGAUCUUGGAAUUAAUUCAUAAAUAAACAAAGCAUUUUUGGUCUGUUGAGAGUUUUGAAAAUAAAUGUUGAGUGCUGUGUUUACUGUUAAGGUUUGCCCCCUUUUUUUCUAAAUAAGAUAUGUAUGUUGAAUUGACCAUUUAUUUCUCUUUUAAGUCAUUUGUAUAAGGUGAUUCAGUAUUUAAUCGAUAGUUAACACAAUGUAUAGGAAGAAUCAGGCUUAUUCCCUAACUGUUUUUAAGAAGAAAUUUGUCAACAAACUCAUUCACACAGUUCUGAGGAAGAUUCUUACCCACACCAAAGUUUUUUUUUCUUAAUCAACAGACACAAUAACUUGUAAAUUUAAAUUCUGUUUCACAGCGCUUUUGUUAAUUAAGCUAUAUCAUCUUAUCAAAAUGCACAUAUGGAUGACUUUAACAGAAAUAGUUGCCACCUGCCUCCACUCUCAUUUAACUCAAAAUUCCCUCUAUGGACAGUUCCAGGCUGGUUUCCGCCCUCGCCAUACUACAGAAACCGCUCUCCUAAUAAUCACCAAUGACCUCCUCAUGGCAGUUGAUUCCUGUUUGCUCACUAUUCUCAUCCUUCUUGAUCUGAGUGCGGCCUUUGAUUCGAUUUCUCACACCAUCCUCCUCAGUAGAUACCUUCCACUGGCAUCACUUCCACCCCCGUAGACUGGUUUCACUCCUACUUCUCCAGGUGCACCCAGUUCAUCCGACUCAGAUUAUUCGGAUCCCAGCCCUCCCCUGUCACUUCAGAUGUGCUCCAGGGCUCUUUCCUGAAGAGACCCCAUCUCUGCAUCACCUACCUCCUUCCCCUUGGCAAUAUUUUCUGCAAAUUUAAUAUCUAUUUCCACUGCUUUGCAGAUGACGCCCAGCCCUACCUAUCUAGCAAACCAAAAUUCCACACUCCCAACUCCCUCGAUCACCAACUGCUUAUCUGAAAUAAAAUCCUUGUUUACCUCAAAUUACCUAAAAAUAAAUAGGGAAAAUGGAAAUCCUCCUUAUCAGCACAAAAACCACAUUAUCCAAAGACGACAGCCCUUCCCUCACAAUCGACAGCCCCUCAGUUUCCCCGUUCUCUCAGGUUAAGAGUCUGGGUGUCAUCCUCAACAGCUCACUAUCAUUUCAAUCUCACAUCAGUAAUAUUACCUGGUCUGCAUUAUUUGCCUCUGCCCCUCCCUUACCCCCCAUACCACUUCUAUUCUUGUCCACAGCCUUGUUACCUCCCACACUGAUUUCUGUAAUUCUCUCCUCUUUGGUCUCUCUCACAAAACUGUCCAUAAGCUCCAACUGAAUCAUAUUUCAGCCACUCGCAUUAUCACCAAAACUCCCUCGUUUCACCACAUCAUCCCCGUCCUACAGCAACUCCACUGGCUCCCAGUUACUUCAGAAUAGAAUUAUGUAUCCUGUAAUCCUGUAUGCAUUCAAGGCCAUCAACAAUCCUUCACCUCCUCCCGCACCUUCAGAUCCUUCUCCUUCAUCCCCCUCAGUAUGCCUUUCACCCACCGCGGUACCAUGGGGAGCGCAACUUUGGAACUUGCUUCCACCAGGCAUCUGAAACAUUUACUCUCCUCUCUUCAAAUCACUCAAAACACUCACUCACCUGUUGAGAAUAGCAUACUCACUAUAAUUACAUUGUUCUGUUUUAUAUGGUGUGAAGCUUUUAUCUGUUGUUUUAUUGUAUUUGUUUUUAUCUCUGUAAAGUGUCCUUGAGUGCUGAGAAAGGCACUUAUACAUCAAAAGUAUUAAUACUUUUAAUUUACUCCUGCAAUGUCCAAUUAUGACUGUAACAUGUAAAAUUGCAUAUAAACUCAACCCAGUAGUCAGAUUGCUUUGAAUUAACUUAUACUUUAGAAGUCUUGUCUUCACACAGCUGUAUUAAAAUGUGUUUAAAAGA